AUGUUGCCGCCUGUCAACGAAGGCUUGUUUCCUAUUUUCUCUGCGGGGAAGAACAGGCCUGUGAAAAGUGGGGAGGAGGAGGAAGAGGAAGAGGAAGACGAGGAGGAGGGGAGCCGCUUGGACCUACUGACGGACCUUAGAGAGGAGCAGCGGGCCAGGAGGAAAGGCGGGGGCCGCUCGGUGUCGGCCCUGAUGGGAGGGCGGCGGCAAGCGAAGGAGAAGGACGCCUUGGUCAUCAAGGGGCAAGGUGUCGACGGUACGGGGGCGGCGGCGGGCGAGGCAGCGAACGACGCCUUCGGCCUGAAGGCGGAGGUCAAAGCCCCCAACAUCUCAACCAUGAUGGAGUCCGCCUUCAAGUCCGGCGGCACGGGGGGGUGGGGAGCGGCGGCGGAUUCGGCGGGGUCGGUUCCGCACGAGCAGCUCAUGGAGCAGUACGUGAAGGACAAGAUGGGCGGCGAGGAGGGGGGAGAUGCGAAGGAGGAAGAGGACGGGGCCGGGGGGAGCAACAACAUGCUCAGUGAGGAGGAUCGGCUGUACACCAUCCCCGACGACUUCAAGAAGAAGGUGGAGGAAGCGAAGGUCGAGUUUGACACGGGAGCGAACAGGGGAAAUGAGAUGGAUGGAGAGGUCGGGAGCGGAGCGCAGAUUGCGUGGAACACGGGUCUCGCAGAGAUCGCGCUGCCGAUCGAGUUCAAGCUCAAGAACAUGGAAGACACGCUUGCGGCGAGGGAUAAGAUGGAGUCGGUCCGAGCAGCUCGACGAAACGCUCCCGGAGCUUCGUCCUCGCUUUCGGGUUCGUUGACAGCCAACUACUCGCACCAUCAGAAGGAGUGGGCCUUGCAGAUCAGGGCGCUGCAGAACAGACAGGCCAUGGCAGAAGAAAGUCAAACCAAGGCUCCCACCAAGAGCGGUCCAGGCAUGGCCGCAUCCGCACAACUUUCCGGCAGCAAUAGCAACAACAACGCCGCAGGAGGGGGGGCUGGGAGGGGCGGGGGGGNCCCGGGGGGGGUGAAGCUGAAGCACAGCUCGGAUAACGCGGUGUUGGAACGUUUCAAGAAGAGAACUCGACGCUUCUGAGUUGUUGGGGGGGUCAUGAAGUUUGAUUCCAAGGGUGAUGUUGUCGUAGGGGGGCACGUUCUGAGCUUUGUUUGCGUGGUAUGUGAACUAGCGGCAUUGUUGUUUGGUCUUUGGGGGUGGGUUCACUUUUCCAGUGUAGCUGCUGUUGCGACAAAUGUCAGUUUUGGAGGGGGGGAAUGGCCACACUGUUGUAGUCUAACGUUUAAAGAGUAGAAUUGGCGGCGAGGCAGCCUGCUGAUUAGCGAUGUUACCAAAAGCUAAUGCGUUGUAUGCUAUCACCCUCUGCCAGGCAAAUGUGCCGUGGAAUCGAAAUAAACUUGAAAUACCGCAUGCCCCGAUUUGUGGAUGCCUGUGUUGUGGAAGUCAGAUUAGUUAGAUGUAUGCGCAAAAUAUCUAUGUUCAUUGUGCAUGGACCGCUCCUUCUCGCGAGGUCAGCUCGGAUCUUGUCAUCUUGUCCGCCCAUCUGGUGUUGUGAUCGCUGCUUGUGCCUGCUGAGAACUGCUGCUGUAUCUGUCUCUCGGGCUAGACACCGUAGUAUGUGGUCCUCAAGAGAAGCGAAGAGACG